UUUCGAUUGUCAUCGUUUACUUUGGCAAACGGUUGCUAGUAGUAGCUUGAAUGCAAUUGUUAACAGAUCGCAGAGCAAUUUCAAAAAUAUUAUUAUUGUCAUUGUAAAAUCGGUUUUAAUUCGUUUACCUAAUUGUUUAAGAGCAAAACACAGCUGUUUUGUGUGAUACAUUUAAAAAUAGGAAAAAGUGAAAUACACCAAAAAAUGAAUGUAGCAUUCAGAAUUUUAAUAACAAUAGGUUUAAUCAAUUCAUCGUUUGUGAGUUGUGAACGAAUAUUAGUGCUGUUCUAUCAUCCUGGUCCGAGUCAUUUUUAUUCACUUUAUCCUCUAUUCAAUGAGCUCGCUAUACGCGGUCACAAUGUGACCGUUUUGACUUACACCCAUGUCAAAGAUGCACACCAAAACUAUAACGAAUUACUGUUAACUGAAAUGCCCGUUAUCAAUGGUUCCAUCACAUACGAUACAAUGUUGCCAUUGGAUCGUAGUUUAUUUACGAUGCAUGCUGAAAUGAAGGAGUUAUAUAAUUUGGCUGAGAUUGAACGAGAAUUGGCAUUAAAAUCACCACGAAUCGAUCAAAUUUUGGCAAUGCAUCGAAAUCAACCAUUUGACAUUGUUUUAGUUGAACAAUUUAUUUCGGAUGUUUUUUUGGGUCUUAUUUACAAAUUAAAUGUGCCAUUCAUUGGAUUUUCUACGUGUGCUCUGCCAUCGUAUUACUAUGAUCAAAUUAAUUUACCGCAUUUUCCAGCAUUCAUACCAUUUGCAUUUUCCGGUUUUUCAUGGGAUAUGAAUUUUUACGAUCGAACCAUCAAUUGGUUGAUCGUUAAAUCAACGAAAUUGAUUUACAAAUUUAUUCAGAUGCGUGACAACGAAGAGAUUCACAAACGUUUUGGCAAUGAUAUUCCGGAUGUAGCUGAGAUUGGUAAAAGAAUCAGUUUGACAUUUGUAAAUCAGCACUAUUCAUAUGCCGGUCCAAAGGCGUAUUCGAAUCAAUUGAUUGAGAUUGGUGGUUUGCACAUAAAACCAUCGAAACCAAUACCACAGCAUUUGAAAGAAGUAUUGGACAAUGCAGAAAAUGGUGUUCUUCUUGUCAGUUGGGGUGGAAAUGUUCGAAGUUCAUCAAUCCCAGAGCAUAUUCAACACGAAUUUGUGAAAGGUUUUGCAAAACUAUCAAUGCAAGUUAUUUGGAAGUGGGAAAAUGCAUCGAUGCAAGAUAUGGUUUCGAAGAAUGUUUACGUAACGCCAUGGCUACCACAACAAGAUAUUUUAUGUCAUCCAAAUGUACGUGUAUUUUGGUCACAUGGAGGUAAUUUGGGAACAAUAGAAACAGUUCAUUGUGGUAAACCAGCCAUUGUAACACCGUUUUAUGGUGACCAAUACUUGAAUGCGGCGGCACUCAACCAACGUGGCAUGGGAUUCAAGAUAGACUUGUUGAAAAUCACCGCCGAUAAUAUUUAUAACAUCGUUCAAAAAGCAUUAGAUCCAAAAGUUGUUGAAGCGGCACAGAAAGUCUCGUACGAACACAGAAAUCGAUUGCGAUCGCCACUCGAAACAGCCGUCUGGUGGGUUGAACACACCAUUGCAACAAGUGGCUUUGAACUUGGCAGGGCAAACACAACUGAUAUGUAUUGGUUCACGUAUCACUCAAUUGAUGUUAUAAUAUUCAUUUUGAUAUCAUUCAUAUCAAUUAUUGUUAUAUUUAAAUUUCUACUCACGCAAAGUUUGAACAUUUUAAUGUAUUGCUGCAGUCGCACGAAAAACGUUUCCAAUCAAACCAAAAAACAAAACUAAAUUUAACCUAAUGUUGAAAUGGAAUGACGUGAAGCAUGCAAUAAUUGAACGACAACAAGGGAAAAAUAUAAGUUAAUUUUUACUUCGCUUCAAAACUCAUUAUGAUAACGAAAAUUCAGUUAUAUUUUAUUUAAAAUAUUGUUCUCUUGUUUUAUGCCGCCCCAGUACCAAAAUACUGUAUUAUAAAUAUAUAAUAAAAAUAUUUAAUCUUUUUGAA